AUGCCCGACCACUGUUCCAAGUUCUUCUUCUUCGCCAUCGGCCUCCAGCUGGUAACCAUCCCUCUCCUCGUCUCCUCACAGUCUUCGGUCGAGGCGGGCUACAGCUUGGAACUCAGUAGGCCCAUCACUCGCAACGUCCUGGAACUACAAAAAGAUGGCGAGAUCCAAGCAGCGUUUGGCUUUACCUCGCGUUCCAUGACCUGGGCUGUCUUGUAUUCUCUGUCCGCCUACUUGGUAGCCCAGCCAAACGACGAGAAAGCGCAGGUCAUAACGCCUGCAACAGUGGUGUGGAGAGCUACAGAGAAACUAGUUCAUCAAGGUGCGUACCUUAACUUCACCGAAGAUGGAAACUUGGAAUUGAGUGAUCGCGAUGGAAGCUUGGUGUGGUGCACGGGAACGGCUGGCUCUGGAGCACAGAUCCUCGCGCUGGAAGCUCCUGGGAAUCUCGUCCUUCGCACCCGGAAUGGGACUUUGGUGUGGCAGAGCUUCGAUCAUCCCACGGACGCCUUGUUCCCUCAGCAGCAGUUGAAACCAGGAAUGAAAUUAGUCGCGAGUGUCUCAAGCGAGAACACGCAGGAAGGAUACUUCUCCCUCGAGGUCGAUCGGUUCUCGGUAGUCUUGUACUCGGCUAGUCCCGUGUAUGGAGAGCUUUGGAGCUCCGGAUCCAGCAAGGUCGAGAUAUCCCACGUCCUUCUCUCCGCAAGCAGCCUAAAGAUUUACGGCCAAAACGGCACAGUUCUUUGGUCCUCCCAAGCGUUUAGUCCAGUCACGGAUGCCACAGGGUUCCAGCUGCUUAAGAUUUAUCCCAAGGGGGAGCUUCGUCUUCUCACUGGACAAUCAAGGACGAAGGAAAUGAUUAUUCUCAAUCCAAGUUUCAAGGAGAAAAGCUUGCCUCCGACGUGUGGUACAAACUGGCUUCCCAAAAACACCGGGUGCUCCUGUCCAGAGUUGAAGAAUGGAAACAACUCCAUGCAAAUACCAGAUGCUGGAAGCCAAAGACUUCUACUACUACGCACCAGCGAAUCUUUCGAGCGGUGGAAUCCACAACAUCACUCGAGAGGCUUGCAAGACCCUGUGCAUCAACAACUGUACAUGUAA